AUGAGAAUUAGUUUGUUGACUGGUCUCAUGGCCCUUGGCUUAGGAUUGGUGUCUGCUUUGAACAGUAUUUUUUAUAUUACAGCCAAUGUCGGAGGUAUUCCAUACCUUUUAGUUGAUGCAACAGCUUCUUCCAACAUGGCUUUAUUGAUGACCUUAGAACUGGCAUUCCAGAAUGGUUUGACUAUACUCAGUGAUCUGGUAACUGGUUAUUUGACCAUUGAGAACCUGUUUUUAUCAAUUGUAUCUUCUUGGACUAUUGUCGAUCUUACUCCAGAUACGAGUCAAUUAACUUUUUCUUCUGCAUUGUAUGCCUGCGACCCAGAUCCAAAUUUUACAUCUUACACAGUUAGGACUGUAUCAUCUCCGGGAUGCCAGCCAGUGACCUUAUAUGGUACUAAUUUCCCUCCUAUUGUUGAAAUUAUCGAAGAAGAAUCUCCUUUACCAAAUCCUGUUGAAGAAACAGAAGAGACAACUGACAGCGAGGAGCCAACUACAUCUGAAGAGUUAACUACAUCGGAGGAGGCAACUACCGAGGGGGCAACUACAUCGGAGGAGGCAACUACAUCUGAAGAGCCAAGUACAUCGGAGGAGGCAACUACAUCCGAAGAGCUAACUGCCAGCGAAGAGCCAACUACCACCGAGGAGGCAACUGCAUCUGAAGAGUUAACUGACAGCGAAGAGUCAUCUACCACUGAAGAGCCAUCUGCCACCGAAGAGCCUACUACUACCGAAGAGCCAACUACAUCAGAAGAGCUAACUGCCACCGAGGAGGCAACUACCGAGGAGGCAACUACCGAGGAGGCAACUACAUCGGAGGAGGCAAUUUAUAUCGAAGAGUCAACUAUAUCAGAAGAGUUAACUAUAUCAGAAGAGUCAACUUAUAGCGAAGAGUCAACUACAUCUGAAGAACCAGUUGUCACCGAGGAGCCUACUACAUCGGAAGAGCCAACUACAUCUGAAGAACCAGUUGUCACCGAGGAGCCUACUAUAUCAGAAGAGUCGACUACAUCAGAAGAGCCAACUACAUCAGAAGAGUCAUCUACCACUGAAGAACCAUCUACUACCGAAGAACCAAGCUCAUCAGAAGAGCCAACUGACAGCGAGGAGUCAACUUAUAUCGAAGAGGCAACUACAUCUGAAGAGCCAACUUAUAGCGAAGAGUCAACUAUAUCAGAAGAGUCAACUACAUCAGAAGAGUCAUCUACCACUGAAGAACCAGUUGUCACCGAGGAGCCUACUAUAUCAGAAGAGUCAACUACAUCAGAAGAGUCGACUACAUCAGAAGAGUCAUCUACCACUGAAGAACCAUCUACUACCGAAGAACCAAGCUCAUCAGAAGAGCCAACUGACAGCGAGGAGUCAACUUAUAUCGAAGAGGCAACUACAUCUGAAGAGCCAACUUAUAGCGAAGAGUCAACUAUAUCAGAAGAGUCAACUACAUCAGAAGAGUCAUCUACCACUGAAGAACCAGUUGUCACCGAGGAGCCUACUAUAUCAGAAGAGUCAACUACAUCAGAAGAGUCGACUACAUCAGAAGAGUCAUCUACCACUGAAGAACCAUCUACUACCGAAGAACCAAGCUCAUCAGAAGAGCCAACUGACAGCGAGGAGUCAACUGCAUCUAAAGAGCCAACUGACAGCGAAGAGGCAACUACAUCUGAAGAGCCCUCUACCACCGAGGAGCCAACUGAAAGCGAAGAGGCAACUACAUCUGAAGAGCUAACGCCAUCUGAAGAGCCAACUUACACGGAAGAACCAAGCUCAUCUGAAGAGCCAAUUGCCACUGAGGAGCCAACUUAUAGCGAAGAGCCAAGUUCAUCCGAAGAGACAACCACCACCGAAGAGACAACCACCACCGAAGAGCCAACUACAUCAGAAGAGCCAAGUUCAUCCGAAGAGCCAAGUUCAUCAGAAGAGACAUCUACCACCGAGGAACCAACCUACACCGAGGAGCCAAGUUCAUCUGAAGAGACAACCUACACCGAGGAGCCAAGUUCAUCUGAUGAACCAACUUACUCCGAAGAGACAACCUACACCGAAGAGCCAAGUUCAUCUGAAGAGCCAAGUUCAUCAGAAGAGUCAACUUACUCCGAAGAGACAAUCUACACCGAGGAGCCAUCCAUCACCGAAGAGCCAAGUUCAUCAGAAGAGUCAACCUACACCGAAGAGGUAACCGCAUCUGAUGAACCAACUUACUCCGAAGAGACAAUCUACACCGAAGAGACAACCUACACCGAGGAGCCAUCCACCACCGAGGAGCCAAUUACGACCGAAGAGCCCUCUACCACCGAGGAGCCAACCAUCACCGAGGAGCCAUUCACCACCGAGGAGCCUACUACAUCUGAAGAGCCAAGUUCAUCAGAAGAACCAACCACUACCGAAGAGUCAACUACAUCAGAAGAAACAUCUACCACCGAGGAGCCCUCUACCACCGAGGAACCAAUUUCCACCGAGGAGCCCUCUACCACCGAGGAGCCCUCUACCACCGAGGAGCCAGUUACAUUGCCAGACGAAGAACUUAAUCUAGACGAGCCAUUUACACUUCUUACAUUGAUGGGGGAUGAGAUUGUUAGUUUUGGAACAAAUGAAACACAUAUUACCUUAUUGAAUGGAGUUGAAGCCACCU